AUGGCGGUCACAAAUCGUAUCCUUUGGCUGAUCAAUGUAAUUUUGCUCCUAACCUUGACCUUCUCAAUGGCGGAAGGAAGUAACAGCUGGAAUCAUGGGAUUCCAGAAAAAGGCCAAGACCAAGAAUCCACUACUCAAUCAACAAUUGAAGACUUGCCAAUCUCUUCUGAUGCCAGUCGCAAUUCCAACGAUCGACACCUAGAAUUCAAUGACAAAGACACUAAAUACAACUUGAGGUUUCAAAACCUUCCAGACAACUUCAAGACAUUGUUUCUUUCCGUUGAAGAAAUAAUCAACAAAACUGAUGCAUUUUUAGCAUCCGAGGCAGGCAAGCACACUCGGCUGUUAUUCAACAGACAGACUCAUGAAAUUGUAGAUGAAAAGCUAGAACCAUUGGCUUCACGAAUAGAACGCACGCUAGUUCCUGGCACAUGGAAAGCUAUGACUAUCACUCAGGGUUGCUGUCCUUCAGUGGGAUCCUUCUAUUCAGAUGCUACGUUUCUAAAUAAUGUCAGUGGUAGAAGAAGAAAAAUAGUACACUUUCCUAAUUACAUUCCUCAAAUGUUUCAGUACAUCUACCGCGCGACUUGUUGUCUGGAUAGCUAUGGAGCAAAUGGGCACUGUAUACAAGGCUAUGUGACAAUGAGCUUGGCCGUUUUUGAUACUAGAUUCGACCCUCCAAUUGCCUUCGACCUGUUCAGCAUACCUUCCUACUGCAGAUGUGUUCACUACUAA